AUUACCGAUUUUAAUCUAACAUUUCUGUCUUGGAACAAGCCUUGAACCAUUACAAACCAAAAUUUGACAAGUGUCUUAUCAAACACUGCUGUGUAUUUGUAAAUUUAUAAAAUAUAAUUUGAUAUUUUAUUCAAAUAAGAAGUGUUUAAACUAAUCCUCUAAAGAUGGAAGAUAUGGCCCGAUUAGCUCUAAUCGAACAAAGCGUUCGUGAUACUGAGAAAUUUAGUGAUAUUUUGUACGAAGUUCUUAGGCACAUAAACAUUAUUUUAGAAAACCCUCACGAUUACGAAUUACGGACGAUAAAGAGCGAUGUUCUCAAGAAAUGUUUGGAAUACGAGGCUUUGAGUGACUAUAUGAAAUAUGUGGGGUUUCAGUCGGUAGCAGACAGCAUGAUAUAUCCAAAAGAGUUCUCUCUGAGCAAGCUGAGGAUAGCUCAGGCAACUAUCGAGAGGAAGCUGUGCUUCUGUUAUGGCACCCUGGACCAAAGUAGAGUCAUGAUAAAGUCAUUUCAAAACACACCAGCAAAAAAGCCUAAGUUUCUGCCUGCUAAUAUUUUGAAAACCGUAAACCCGUUCCUAUUGAAGAUAGAGUCGCUGUUCAACAGCAUGAUAAAGUAUGAAGAUGAGGAGCUGCAAGAACUGGCACGGGCUCAUAUACCAAUAGUGACGCUGCAGUUGAUGGCUAUAGACCGGAUGAGAGACCAUCAGAAAAAAAUUAAGACCGGGGAGCUGAAGAGCUUGGACCUGCCAUUCGACAUCGCACUACUCAUGGAACUGCUAAGCUGGUUCAAGUACAAAUUUUUCUCAUGGGUGAAUAAGCCGGAAUGUCCACAAUGUGGGGCCGUUACUAGUUUCAAUGGUUCUUCAUCACUGAGGACCAUGACUGAGAACUGUAAUUUAGAAAUAUACGAAUGCCUGAACUGUGAUAUCGAGGUGGAGUUCCCACGGUACAAUGAUCCUAGGGCUCUGCUGAGGACGAGGCGCGGCCGCUGCGGGGAGUGGGCCAACUGCUUCACUCUCAUGUGUCGAUCUUUAGGAUACGACACGAGAUAUGUGUACGACGUCACUGACCAUGUCUGGUGCGAGGUCUUCGACUAUGACUCCAACACCUGGCUUCACGUGGACCCGUGCGAGGGCAAACUGAACGCCCCCCUCAUAUACAGCCACGGGUGGGGCAAGAAGCUGUCCUACGUCAUCGCUGUGUCCAGGGACGACCUCCAGGACGUCACCUGGAGAUACACCAAUGACCAUAAAGAGGUGCUAAAAAGAAGAAGGUCUUGCACUGAAACAGAACUGAUAGAAACGAUUCUAGCGCUGAGGGAGCACAGACAACGCCAGGUGUCUGAAGCUAGGCGACGGUACCUCACCAAAAGGGCUGUCGAGGAACUAGUGCAACUAAUGAAAGAAAGAGAACCCGGCGACUACGAAAACCACGGCCGGAUAUCCGGCUCAAUAGAAUGGCGGACCGAUAGAGGCGAAAUAGGAAGGCAGACUAACUACAUGUUCGACUUUGACCAGCCCGGCACCUAUACCGUGCGGUAUUACCCGGCCAUAGACAAAUAUGUAGUGACACGAAACGGGGUGGAAAUAACGGUAUUACCCGGGUGGAUGAGUGGAGUGUACGAGUCGGACCAGAUAGCUAGGAAAGUGGAAACGGAUUGGAAGAUGGUAUAUUUGGCGAGGAAUGAAAAUUCGUCCAACGCCGAAGGUACAAUAUCUUGGCGUUUAAAUUGCGGCUCCGGAUUGGUAUGCUCGCGACUGAGUGUGAGACUGACGUCAGCGGUGUACGACUGCGGCCAACUGGCGGGGACCGUCACACUCGACGAGAGGAACUCUACUUUAAAGCUAGGAGACACACCGACAGUAUUCGAGCGGGAAUUUAACAACGCCACCAUAACUGCUGUACUUUCUGGCGGCAGUGGCGAAGUGGCGUGGCAACAUGCGCAGUUGUUCAGAAUGCCUUUAGAUGACAAAAGCAAUGCGUUCGACGUAGAAGUCACGGUCCAAAGGAAAAAUUAAACGUAUUGUCUAUGGUCUAUAAGGCCCGCAACACAUAGAUCCAUAAUUGUUUACCAUAUUGUUUCGUCUUUUAAUAAAAAGAAAAAUAUAUUAUCUUGGUCCAAAUCUUGCUUAAAGUAGUUAUUUAUAUGCCUGAAUGGCAUACAGAGAAGGUGGACUGAAAUCAUGCCAUUGUCAUAAAUAUUCAUUUAUGUAAAUAAAGGCUAACCAAAUGGUUUUUGACAAAUGAUUGUUUAUUAACGAAUACGAUUCGCUUAGUUUAUUUUCAUAAAUAAUUGUUUUUUUAUCAGCUCAUAUUGAAACGAUUUUUAGUGAUCCAUAAAGUUAAUUCGUUUUUAUAUUCCUUAAGCCAUAUUAAACGAUUGUUAUUUUAUAAAAAGUUAAUAUUGUGGGUAGUAAUAAUGUUGCCAGGAAUAUGGCAUUAUGCUAAAAACACGACGAAGUUUUCAUGAAUUUAAAAAGUAAAAAUUUUUGAAAAUUUGACCUGUUCAGUUUGAACAAUUUAGCAAAUUAGGUAUUUCCACCUAAAAAAAAUUAAAGAACUUUUGUGCUUAAAGUACUUUUGUGCAAUUUUAGUCAUAGAGCACGUAAUUUAUCUGGACUUAGGUAUUGGGUUCUACUACUCUUUAACUUACCUGCAAAAUGUACCAGUUUUUAUAUACAUAAAUAGUUCGCUAGCAAUAAUAUAGCUUUGAACACCUAAAUGCCUUAGUUUAUACUUAAGUCAAAAUUUUGUAUUUGUAUUACAUUUAAUAUUGCCACAGCAUGAAAUGUAACUAAUAAAACACAGAAUUUGAUGUUUUGUCUGUGGUUAUAGCUAGUUCGGGCUUAUUAUAAUCGCCUAAUAAUCUUCUGUUUUAGAUAAUCGAGUGAUGUUUUAUCUUGUCUCUUGGUAUUUUAAUGUACAUUUGUUUUUUUCUACUCUUGAUAUCAUACUUAUACAUUCCUAUAGUAACUUGUUGAAUAAAAUA